AUGGCAGUGACAACCACACUGACAUGGAAUGAGGAAAAGUAUCUGCAAAAGCUGCUUGGAAAUGUUUCUUUGAGACUUCUUUAUAAGUCUAGUGUCCACGGAAACAGAAUUAGAAAUAUGCAUAAUAGGUGCAUUCGUCAGGGAUCCACUAUAACAAUGAUUUACCGUCCCAAGAAUAUUUUUGGUAUCUUUAUGCUUGGGCAUUAUCCUGAAAUGUCUGAAAGUUUUAGACAGCCAAAUACUUCCUUCUGUCUUUCAUUUCAAAAGAAAACAAUGGAAAUGAUGGCUGCAUUUUUAAAUUCAACAUCGGAAAUUAGUGAUAACCAACUGGUAUUUCAGUUCUCUAUUUCUCCCUAUCAGUAUUUGUCUCUGGAUUUAUACAAUAGAAUCAUUGUUAUACCUAAACUUUUUGUGGAAAAAUUAGGACUAAAAACUGACAGGCUCCUGAUUUUGGAAUGUGAAGUUUUUCAAGUGGAAGGAAUUAAGGAUGAUGCAGGCUACAUAAACAGGAUAAUAAGAGCCACACAGCACAGAAAUAGUCUCCUAGCAGACCUCAGAGCCUACAGGCCCUAUGCAGACUUGGUUUCAGAAAUUCGUAUUCUCUUGUUGGGUCCAGUGGGGUUCGGAAAGUCCAGUUUUUUCAAUUCAGUGAAGUCCAUUUUCCAAGGCCAUUUGACUCACCAAGCCAUAGUGGGGUCUGAUGUCACCAGCAUUACUGAACAGUAUAGGAUAUAUUCUAUUAAAGAUGGGAAAGAUGGUAAAUCUCUGCCAUUUAUGUUGUGUGACUCCAUUGGGCUGGAUGAGAAAGAGGGAGUAGGCUUAUGUGUGGCUGACAUACCCCACAUCUUAAAAGUGGUGCCAGACAGAUAUCAGUUUAGUCCCCAUAAAUCAAUUACACACAUGCAUCCUACUUCCAUCACCUCUCCAUCACUGAAAGACAGGAUUCACUGUGUGGCUUAUGUCUUUGAUAUCAACUCUAUUGACAAUCUCUCCUCUAAAAUGGUGGCAAAGUUCAAACAAGUUCAGAAAGAAAUAUUAAACUGCGGUGUAGCACAUGUAGCAUUGCUUACUAAAGUGAAUAAUUGCUAUGCAGUUCUUCAAGACAACUUCUUAAAGAUGAAUAAAUCUAUGAUUUCUAAAAGCCAGAUACAGAAUGCCAACAAGAUGCUAGGCAUUCCUCUUUCUAAUAUCUUGUUGGUUGAAAAUUAUGCUUCAGAGCGGGAGAUGGAUCCUUUAAAGGACAUUUUGAUCCUCUCUGCACUGAAGCAGAUGUUCCGGGCUGCAGAUGACUUCUUAGAGGAUUUGCCUCUUGAGUAA